AUGUCGUCGCUAGCCAAGCCUUCUCUCACCGCCUCCUCCACUCCUAGGUCUGCCUACCCUAACUUCCUUGCUAACACGCACCUCAUUCCUCGCUGCCGUGUCAAAUCCCCGCAAGCUGUUACCAGAGAUGCUGAUCCUUGUCGAUGUGGGCCCUACAAAGUAGACUUUUGGGAUUUUGGGGUUUUCAGCAAGACGACGCAAUCUCUCACUAGCUCUCUCUUUUUAACUCUACAAUUGUGCAUAUAUGGCCAUGACUGCUCAAACCCAGGAAUAGCUCCUUGCCGCCCAUCUCAAAUAGCAAACCAUCGAUGUGAUGCUUUUAUCUGGGUAUUCUGUGAGCAAGCUUUUGAAUCUGCCAUCGCAUUAUGCAGCUGGUUUGAUAUUGGUUGCGUGCUGCGCGGUGGAACAACAAGUAACAUUGUCACUUAUAUCGCACGGGAUAUGCAGCUCGGGAGUUUGCCAAGUAGGGGGUUAAGCCAGGCGAACUAGCAGUAAUUUCCAAAGAGGCGGUAUGGUAAAUUUCACUUUGUUUAUAUCUAGUUGAUUGUGGAUUUUGAGAUAUUUUAUUCCAUUAGUUGUCAAUAUU